GGGCCACGUCGCGCUUUCCUCGCCAUUUUCCCGUCUUGUGGAGCCAGAAUCAGCCCGAGCUGGUGUCACCGUGUCGUCCAGCGCUGUCAGCUCUGAAAACCAAACAGCCGCCGGUAACGAGCUGAGCUCUGAGAAGGGUCUAACGUCGGGUUCGCUUCAGCUGGAGCGCCAACAAACAUGAACGUCUUCAGGCUCACCGGUGAUCUCUCCCACCUCGCAGCCAUCAUCAUCCUGCUGCUAAAGAUAUGGAAAACCAGGUCUUGUGCCGGUAUAUCUGGAAAGAGUCAGGUCCUGUUUGCCUUGGUGUUCACCACUCGUUACCUGGACCUGCUCACAUCCUUCAUCUCCCUCUACAACACCACGAUGAAGGUCAUCUACAUUGGAUGUGCGUACGCCACCGUGUACCUGAUCUACGCCAAGUUCAAGGCGACGUACGACGGGAACCACGACACAUUCAGAGUGGAGUUCCUGGUGGUCCCGGUUGGUGGUCUGGCUUUUUUGGUUAACCACGACUUCUCUCCCCUGGAGAUCCUUUGGACCUUCUCCAUCUACUUGGAGUCGGUGGCCAUCCUGCCCCAGCUCUUCAUGAUCAGCAAGACUGGCGAGGCCGAGACCAUCACCACCCACUACCUGUUCUUCUUGGGACUCUACAGAGCCCUCUACCUCAUCAACUGGAUAUGGAGGUUCUACUUCGAGGGAUUCUUUGACAUGAUCGCCAUCGUUGCUGGAGUGGUGCAGACCAUCCUCUAUUGCGAUUUCUUCUAUUUGUAUGUAACAAAAGUACUGAAAGGAAAGAAGCUGAGUCUGCCAGCCUAAAGUGCCAAAGAGGAGUGUUUUGGCAGACUCAAAGUGGGGGGACUUGGAGGGGAGGUGGAGUGCUAGUGGACACCUCUGACACCCCACCCCACUCUCCCACCACCACCCCCACCACCACUUCCUCCUCUUCCCCUCCCGCCAGAGUAAGAUGCCUGAGACAGAGAGCGAGUGGGAGCUGCUGACUGCACCCUCUUCUGACCCAAAGUCAGUGGAGUCGGAACACCUGCAGAGGCUGCUCCUUUGGAUUUCUGUUUGACGCAUCUUGCCUUAACUGUUUUUUAUUUCUCUGUAUAAAGGAAGAAAAAAAGAAAAACAAGAAAAGUUUUCUACAUAAAAAAUACAAUCUAUGAAGAUUUGACACAUUGGUGAAUAAGAGCUGAAGAUACAAAAUUGCCUAUGAUUUGGCAUUGUAUGAUACUGAGGCGGACUUCUUGUGGUGGGAUAUUACUGACUUCAGCGUUUGUAAUAGUAUUUGCAAUGGAAAUAAAUGUGCUUUUGUUUUUCCUGAAUCAAUUUGGGGAGGACUUUUUUGAAUCCUCAUAACUUUGGUGGGCAAGUCAUUCACUUCCUAAUCUGUAUGCAUUCCCAUGUAUGAUUAUUUCUUUUAAUUUCCCUUGAUGCCCUGUGGAAUAUACAUCUUACGAUGGAUGGCGUAAUUUACCACUUUAUAAGACUUUUGAGUUUUAAAUUUAACCAGUAUGCGUUGCCUCUGUGGUAUUUACCAUAUUGAGCGAAGCACCCCGUAGGAAGAAACACAAACUGAAAGCAAAGGGUUGAAUAGGACAGCAAUGAACUGUCACCACUGUAGAUGGCAUUCUUCAUUUGUAUAGUCACUUCAUUACCCAAUUAUCACCUGUAAUUAAAGUUCAUUCCCCAUCCUAUUUAAUUUAAAUGUUUCAUUUAAAUAUUUGAAAUGCGUAAAUUCACUGGUAAUGUGCUGAGAGUGAAGUAUCACUACAGAGAUUUGAUUUUCUUUUUCCUUUUAGGUGCAGAUGUAUUUAUUUUUUAUCUUCCUUAUUUCCAUUAAACAGAGUCCAUAGAAUUGUCCACGUGCUGUGCAUAAUUUGAACCCUUGGAAAUUACUCGUGGGGGCUGGGGGGGUAGAUGAGAGGCACGAUCUUUACAGAAGACCAAACAAAUCUUUCUCAAGACACUUGUGCCUCCAUUAACAUUUUUAUGCACAACGUUCCAAGUUUCCUUUUGGAUACCUCACCAGAGCUUUUGCAUGAUGUUGCCACCAGAAAUAAAGACUUACUGGGAAA